UCACACUACUUUCGUUCGAGCAAUGAAGUCAACGACCAGCUUGGCAGCGGCAGCAUCACCCGGUCAAGGGGUAGUAACGCCCUAUGAAUGCGGCAGCUUAACGCCCCAUAAAACAAAACUCACAGCGUAGACACGCCUUCUAAGAGCGCCUGCUUUGAUCAAAGCCGCACCGCACUUCAAUGGCUAGAGUUUUGCAAGUGCUUCAAACAAGAAAAGUUUCAAAAACAUUCAAGGCAAUCGAAGAAUGAAGAUGGAGUAAAGCAAAGAAAGCAGUUUAUUAAAUUUCUAGUAAAUUGAUAAAAAUCUAACACAAGCUAAAGCAAACGAAGAGAAACAGAGUCUAAAAAUUCUCUAAGUCUGAAAGUAGACUACUCUUGGAUGAUCUCUAGCUUUUCAGCAGCCACCUCACCUUUAGCGGGUUGCACUUCCAUCACUUUAUCUUCAGUAGCUCCAAUCUCUGCAACUUCAUCCUCAACUGCUCUAUCUACAACAUCUGAGAAAUCAAACUCAAGUAGUUUCCUUCCUCUAGGCAACCAACAUUGGUGCGGCAGCAGCAGAAUAAGCAAGCAUUGACAUCUCUUAAGCAUCGAAUUUCACUUUCCCAAGAGACGAACUUUCCUCCCCACAUCUCAUAGUACCGAGCCUUUGAAGUCAAUCUAGACUUAGUCACAGGACGACGCUUCAUUUUAUCUUCGGGCCUAGACGCUGAGGGCAGCACAACACCACUUACUUCCAAUGUAACCGUAUCACAUCAUAAUUAGAUAAUGUCAACUUAUAACUAAUUCCUAAUUACAAGUUAGGCGCACCUAAUUAAUUAAGUGCCCUAAUUAAUUACAAGUUAGGCAGCACAACAUAUUGCUCAUAAAAAAUGUUCACGCAAUUAGAUUUCUUCCUAUGCAUAUCCUAAUAAGAUGUCACACAUUCACACAAUUAAUCCUUAUAAGUUCUCAAUUGUUUGUAGCAGAAAAGAAAAAAAAAAAUCAACAAUGGCGUUGUGGGUUGCAGUUCUUUGUUUCGUGGUCAUGGCACUAGGUCAAGUUCAUCCCUCUCAUACUCAAAACUCACAACAAGACUUCCUCAACGCACACAAUGCGGUGCGAGCGCAAGUCCACGUGCCGGAUAUCGUGUGGGACAACGCCGUGGCGGCGUAUGCUCAAAACUACGCCAACUCGAGAAUUCGUGACUGCAAUUUGGUGCAUUCGAAUUCCAACGGGACUUACGGCGAGAACUUGGCGAAAGGGAGUGGCUCGUUCACGGGCGUGGCAGCUGUGAACUUGUGGGUGGCGGAGAAGCCUAACUACGAUUACAACUCUAAUUCUUGUGUUGGUGGGCAGCAAUGCUUGCAUUACACGCAAGUGGUCUGGAAGAAAUCGGUUAAGUUGGGGUGUGCUAGGGUUCAGUGCACCAAUGGGUGGUGGUUUGUGACUUGCAACUAUUCCCCACCUGGAAACUAUGUUGGGCAACGUCCUUAUUGAUUAAGGAAAGCUUAAUCCAAAUUAUGGCAUGCAUGGCUGCUAAUUAACUGGUAAUUUUAAUUAAUUAUGAUCAAACCAUAAAAAUAAUGAGGAUUGAUCCCUUGAAGCUUUUGAUGAAAUAAAAUAAGAGAUGGUGCACUCUUCGCUUUUGGUCACCAAGGGUAUUCAUGUAAAUUUGUUUCGUUUCCAAGCAUGUCUUGUGCCUUGAUAUUGUUCAUGUAGAUCAUGCUUGCU